AUGGCGCCGACUUCUACUUCGACCUCAAAGGCCGCGCCCACCGGCAACCCAGCGCCCGACUUCACCGUCACCAUGAACCGCAUCCAGAUGCAGCUCGAAGCGCGCAUGAAAGCUGCCCGCUCAUUCCUCCCCUCACGCUCCGAUCUCAACAACGCCUCCUCAUCCUCCGGCAGCGGUUCCUUCUCUGCGCUCGGCGGCAGCUCCAGCACCUCUAACCCCCAAAUCCAAUCUCGCGAUGCAGCAGCCAGACGCGCCGCCGAAGAAGCCGAGUUUGCCGAGGAGCGCGGUCUCGAUCCGAACGCAGGUAUAGGGCUAACUCGCAGUCCCGCGACCGGGAACGAGAACACCAGCGGGACAGACCGGGACACAGCCAGACUGCGCGGACGACUGUUAGGAAAACGAGGGAGAAAUGGGGCGGGUGCUGAGGGACAGCAGAAAUGGGUGCGCAAGGAAGACAGCAGCGACGAAGAGGCGGGGCGGAGCGGGCUCGGACGAGCUAAGAGGAGCGGGAAGAGGUCACGGGCGGAGAUGGAGACGCACGACGACGGUAGUGACCAUGUCGAGUCAGGCAGCACCCUCAGAGCCUAA